AAAAAGUGCAUUGGCUUCGGCGAAGCACAACAACAGGAACAGGCACGAAAAUGAAGUCGAACUGCAUGCAGUGCACGAUGGAAUGAUACUGGAGCCCUGCGCAACCCACGCCGUCUUUUAGUAAGUAGUCGGGCUUCACCCCAACGAACAGUUCAGUCGUUACCGCCAUCUCGUCCCAAGGGUGCUCAGUCCCUCAGUCCUCCAUCUCUCCUCUCCCCUAGAGCCCUCCACAUCACCCUCCAAGCCAAGCAGGCCGGCGGUGAGCUUGCUGCGCGCAGUUGGAACUUCCUGUCGCUUUCUCUGUUGUGGAGAUUUAUUUCUGCCACUCUUUUUCCUCCGCGUAUUCCGGCUCCAGAUCCCUCACCCUCCCUGUGACCAGACCGCCGCUCGCUCUAUUGGGAUUACAGAGCAGAGUUUGUGAAAAAGACAUACAUACAUACGGGUCUGCAUUUUUCGGGACCGCUCGAUCGGUGCAGCUUGAUUGGCAGUGCGGCCGUCAGGAACCGCGCGCUCAUUCGACCCUCGGUAGAAUCCGAUCGCCAUCUGCCGUGAACCAACAAAUACUCUCACCAUGGACGUCCUUGCCAAUGCCACGACCUUCGCCUCGCCCCUGGCUAACGCCGACCUGAAGGUUCAGGCUGCGCGGGCGUCGGGGGUGGUGGCGCGUAUACUGGCGUCGUUGAACGGUUGGACUGUCAUUUUGACGGUCUUGUUGUUAUUGGUGGCCUACGAUCAAGGCAGCUACCAGUGGAAAAAGCAUGGCAUCGUCGGACCGGCGUGGAAGAUGCCCUUCAUGGGACCGUUCCUCGAAUCAGUGCACCCAGACUUCAACAAGUACAAGCAGAAGUGGGAGAGCGGUGAUCUGAGCUGUGUUUCGGUUUUCCACAAGUUUGUGAUCAUUGCAUCAACGCGCGAAAUGGUCCGCAAAAUCUUCACUUCGCCCGCCUACCUCAAGCCGACCGUCGUUGACGUGGCACCCAAACUGUUGCGCAAAACCAACUGGGUCUUUUUGGACGGCAAAGAGCACGUGGAUUACCGGAAAGGACUGAACGGGCUCUUCACGCGGCAAGCCCUGGAAAUGUAUCUCCCAGGCCAAGAGGAGGUCUACAGCAAAUACUUCAAGGAGUUUGUGGCCAUGUCCAAGGAAAACAACAUGAAGCCGACACCCUGGAUGCCGGUAUUCCGCGAACUCAUGACGGCCGUUUCUUGCCGGACGUUUGUCGGCCACUACAUGAGCGACGCGGUGGUGAAGAAGAUCGCCAAGGAUUAUUAUCUGAUUACGGCGGCCAUGGAAUUGGUCAACUUCCCCAUCAUCAUCCCUUACACCAAGACGUGGUAUGGCAAGAAGGCGGCCGACAUGGUGCUGGACGAGUUCGCCAAGUGCGCGGCCAAGUGCAAGGUUCGCAUGGCGGCCGGCGGCGAGGUCACCUGUAUUAUGGAUGCCUGGGUCAAGCAGAUGCAGGAUUCGGCCAAAUAUCGAGAACGCAUUGGUCGGGGCGAACAGGUCGACACAUCGGAAAAGCCACCGCAGCUGCUUCGCGACUUUACCGACUUCGAGAUUUCCCAGACUAUCUUUACUCUGUUGUUCGCCUCGCAAGAUGCCACCUCGAGCGCGUGCACCUGGUUGUUCCAGAUCAUGGCCGACCGACCGGAGAUUCUGGAUGAAGUGCGAGAGGAGAACCUGCAACUGCGCGGAGGCGAUCGAAACAAGCCGUUUGACAUGGACAUGCUCGAGUCCAUGGUCUGGACCCGCGCCGUGGUCAAAGAAACUCUUCGAUACCGUCCCCCAGUCAUUUUCGUGCCGUACGUGGCCAAGAAAUCCUUCGCCAUUGCCGACAAUUACACCGUCCCUAAAGGGUCCAUGAUCAUCCCGGCCCUCUGGCCCAUCACCCAUGACCCCGAAGCAUAUCCCAACCCGGACAGUUUCGAGCCCGAGCGAUGGAUCACAGGUGAUGCCGACAAGCAGGUCAAGAACUGGGUCGUUUUCGGCACUGGUCCCCAUCACUGUCUGGGCCAGACGUAUGCCCAGUUGAACUUGAUGGCCAUGAUCGGCAAGGCUAGUAUCUUGCUCGACUGGGUCCAUGAGCCGACGGAGAAAAGCGAGGAUAUUGAGGUGUUUGCAACUCUUUUCCCUCAGGAUCACUGCAAAUUGGCCUUUUCCGAGCGACCAUAAACCAAACAGCACAGAUUUUCCUCCACUUUUUGUUAUGCACCGCACAGCGAUAGAUCGAUUCUUUUAUUCUGGUGGAAUGGCUUGGCCUCGAGGCUAGGCUCGUAUUGCACAUACAGUUAAUUUUGGUGAAAAGGAAAAGGGAAGUUUGGCCGGUGGACGGAACGGACAGAAAUAGGAGGAGGCGCACGAUUCAGGAUUGAUCCCUUGUGCGUAGACGACGGGUCACCGCUGAGUCUUGUACGUCCUGUACGCUGUCGAGUAUAGAUAGCAGCAGAAGUCAAGUCGGUCGUUGUUGUAUAUAGAUACUAGUACCUUAGAUUCACCCGUCCUUGAGUUCGGUCAGCAUUAUUGCAUCGGCGUUUUUGAGUUUGGGUACCAAGUAUGCUUCCUAAGGGAAUUUCAGUCAUGACAAUGACAAGAGGCAGUCUCUCGCGUUGGUAUAGAAUGAAGUGGUAUACUACUAGUA